AUGACUUACGAAAUUAUUUCAAUUAUUUACUUUCUCUUUAAGCAUGAAUGCAUCAGCAUCCACGUCGGUCAGGGAGGUUGUCAAAUUGGAAACGCCUGUUGGGAACUUUACUGCUUGGAACAUGGAAUUCAGCCUGAUGGUCAGAUGCCAAGCGACAAGACGAUAGGAGGUGGCGAUGACUCCUUCGCAACAUUCUUCAGUGAAACGGGAGCUGGAAAGCAUGUUCCACGAGCCAUUUUCGUUGACUUAGAACCCACUGUUGUCGAUGAAGUGAGGACUGGAACCUACCGCCAAUUGUUCCAUCCCGAACAACUUAUAACCGGUAAGGAAGACGCAGCCAAUAACUACGCCCGUGGUCACUACACUGUGGGUAAAGAACUCGUUGACCUUGUUCUUGACCGUGCUCGCAAGUUGGCAGACCAAUGUACUGGUCUCCAGGGCUUUCUCAUCUUCCACUCAUACGGUGGUGGCUCUGGUUCGGGUUUUACCUCCCUCCUUAUGGAACGUCUCAGCGUAGACUAUGGCAAGAAAUCCAAGCUCGAGUACUCAAUUUACCCAGCACCUCAAAUUUCAAGUGCUGUUGUCGAACCUUACAACGCCAUCCUUUGCACCCACUCAACUAUUGAACAUUCUGACUGCUCUUUUACAUUCGAUAACGAGGCUUGUUAUGACAUUUGUAGACGCAACCUAGACAUUGAACGCCCAACCUACACCAACCUGAACCGUCUCAUUGCACAAGUUUGUAGUUCGCUCACAACGUCUCUCCGAUUUGACGGAGCCCUCAAUGUUGACGUUACUGAAUUCCAGACUAACUUAGUCCCUUACCCAAGAAUUCACUUCCCUUUGGUGACAUAUGCACCAGCGGUCUCUGCCGAGAAGGCGUAUCAUGAGCAGCUCACCGUGUCUGAGCUCACGAAUGCCUGCUUCGAGCCAGCUAACCAGAUGGUCAAGUGCGAUCCUCGCCAUGGCAAAUACAUGGCCUGUUGCAUGCUUUAUAGAGGAGACAUUGCUCCAAAGGAGGUCAACGCCUCGAUCGCCACUAUCAAAACUAAGAGAACUAUCCAGUUCGUUGACUGGUGUCCAACUGGCUUUAAGGUCGGCAUUAACUACCAACCUCCAACUGUGGUUCCUGGAGGAGAUCUCGCAAAGGUUCAGCGGGCCCUCUGUAUGAUCUCUAACACAACAGCAAUUGCAGAAGCCUGGGCUCGUCUAGAUCAUAAAUUUGAUCUUAUGUACGCUAAACGCUGCUUUGUUCAUUGGUACGUCGGUGAGGGCAUGGAGGAAGGCGAGUUCUCCGAGGCCCGCGAAGAUAUGGCUGCAUUGGAGAAGGACUACGAAGAAGUUGGACAAGAUAGCCCACCAAAAAUGCGUGAAAUCGUGCACGUUCAGAUAGGCCAAUGUGGCAACCAAAUGGGUACAAAAUUCUGGGAAGUUGUAUCCGAUGAGCAUGGUUUGAAUUGCGAAGGUCUCUACACUGGUGACAGCGACCUUCAACUGGAAAGGAUAGGUGUCUAUUACAACGAGGCUAUUGGUGGUAAAUUUGUGCCAAGGGCUAUCCUUUCCGAUUUGGAGCCUGGCACCAUGGAUGCUGUCAGGUCAGGACCAAUGAGCAAGCUUUUUAGACCCGAUAAUUACAUAUUCGGAACAACCGGAGCUGGAAACAACUGGGCAAAAGGUCACUACACCGACGGCGCUGAGCUUAUUGAUGGUAUCAUCGAUGUUGUUCGGAAGGAAUCCGAAUACAGUGAAUGCCUUCAAGGGUUUCAGAUCGUUCAUGCCCUUGGAGGAGGUACCGGUGCUGGUCUUGGCACGCUUUUAAUUAGCAAAAUAAGGGAGGAGUAUCCUGAUCGAAUCAUCAGCAGCUUUUCAACUGUGCCUUCUCCCAAGGUGUCCGAUGUUGUUGUUGAACCGUACAACGCCACACUAUCCUUGCAUCAACUGGUGGAGAAUACAGAUGAAACAUUCUGCAUUGACAACGAGGCUCUGUACGACAUCUGCAACCGAACACUAAAGCUUGUGACUCCCACCUAUGGUGACUUAAACCAUCUAGUUAGUGCUACCAUGUCAGGCGUGACAACUUGCCUUAGGUUCCCCGGCCAGCUGAACGCCGACCUGAGGAAGCUUGCCACAAACAUGGUACCAUUUCCAAGGUUGCACUUUUUUAUGCCUGGAUUUUCUCCAUUGACAAGCCGUCACUCUCAAGCCUACAGGAGCUACUCAGUUCAGGAUUUGACUCAUCAGAUGUUUGACAGCAAAAAUAUGAUGGCUGCUUGUGAUCCUCGGCACGGGAAGUAUCUUACCGUAGCAGCCAUGUUCCGUGGCCGGAUAUCCAUGAAAGACAUAGACGAGAAUAUGCUUAACGUACAAAACAAGAAUUCUGCUUACUUCGUUGAAUGGAUACCAAACAACGUCAAGACUGCCGUUUGUGACAUCCCCCCACGUGGUUUGAAGAUGGCUGUCACCUUCAUUGGCAAUAACACAGCAAUUCAGGAGAUUUUCAAGAGAGUCGGUGAACAGUUUAUGGCCAUGUUUAAGCGACGAGCAUUCUUGCACUGGUAUACAGGCGAGGGCAUGGAUGAGAUGGAAUUCACGGAGGCCGAAUCAAACAUGGAUGACCUGAUUAGUGAGUACCAGCAAUUCCAGGAUGCGACAGUCGAUGACGAAGUCAAACUGGAGUAG